CACCUACCUGAGUACCGAUGUGUACGAGUGUACUAUGAACGACUCGCCCAUCAUGCGUCGUUGCAAGGACGACUGGGUCAAUGCUACCCAGAUUCUUAAGUGCUGCAACUUCCCCAAAGCGAAAAGAACCAAAAUCUUGGAGAAAGGCGUCCAACAGGGUCUUCACGAAAAGGUCCAAGGUGGGUUUGGUCGUUUCCAAGGAACGUGGAUUCCUUUGCCUGAUGCCCAAAGAUUAGCUACCAUGUAUGGAGUAACAGCUGACGCAGCACCGGUCCUCUUUCUCAACUUGGAAGACCCCAAUUUGGUAAUCCCCCAGAAGGUCAAGCCACAGCCAAAAGAACCAUCGCUGCUGAAGCGGAAAUAUACCAAAAAGGCAAAAAAGCCGGAAGACAACAAGAAGUUGAAAACCGACGAAAACGCCCCACAAAUGCUGACAUUCACUCAACAACCACCACAACCACCUCAACAAGACUAUAUCCACAUUAAUGGGAACGUGAGCGGAAACGGUAUGUCCAAUAUUCCGAAUUUCACUCCACAUAACCAGGCAGUCCAGAACGAAUUCCAGAACUACCAGAUGCAAUUCCAGAGAAUGCAACAGCAACAGCAACAGCAACAGCAGCAACAACAACAACACCAACAGCACCAAGUAAAGUUUUAUCCAAAUCAACCAAAUCCAAAUGGAGCUAAUGGGUACUCCCAAACCCCGUUGGCUGCACAAAUGAUGGGCAAUUUCCAACACAGUAGUAAGCCUCUGUCUAAUGAAAAUUGGUCUCAGGACGAACUAGGAAACACCCAAAAAGACAGCGACACAUCUGUAUCGACAAAUGAGGAUCCCAAACACAUCCAGAACGGGAUGAACGACUCAAUGACAGCUGAUAUCACUCAAAGUCCAAAACUGAGCCAGGAAGAGAAUACUUAUUCGGCUCAGUUGUUGAAGUUUUUCAGUGAAGAUAAUGCGCAGAUUCCAUAUUUCAUCCACAAUCCACCAUACAACUUCAACAUUAACGAAGCCAUAGACGACGAGGGGCAUACGCCUUUGCACUGGGCUGCAUCUAUAGGCAAUUAUCAGAUGAUCCAUCUUCUACUCAGUAAAGGAGCCAGUCCAUUGGUAGUAAACAGCUUUGGAUUGAACCCCUUAUCGAAGUUGAUUUCGUUCAACAACUGUUCGGAACUCAAAAACUUCCCUAAAGUGCUAGACGAUUUGGAAUUGUGUUUGAUCAAUACGGACAUUAAUGGUCGUACACCUUUGCACUACUUGUGCCAGUAUUCUAAGGUGAAGUCCAAGUACGAAAGUUUGCGCUACUACAUGAACAUUAUCUUAAACAAGUUGACAGCGAUGUCUAACUACAACCCCAGUAAACAGAUAGACUUAUUGAAAAAUGUUCUAGACCAUCAGGACGUUAAUGGUGACACCUGUUUGCAUUUGGCUGUACGAUUCUCCAGUGCCAAACUUGCAAAGUUGUUAUUGCAGAUUCUGGCUCUACCAACGCAGUAUCCAGCUGCUGGACUAAACUACCUGGCUCCAGCCGUUAAACACGAGUCUGAGGGUCAAUACCAGGUAUUGGCGACACCUAUGCAAACUGUAGCGAACGGUAUAGAAACUCCAGACACUCAGCGUACAAUGAUUCAAGAUGAUGACAUGGACGAGGACGAUACCACCACUGAACGAGUGGACAAGAAUCACAUUGAACAUUUAAUCAAAGGAGAGGACAAUAAGGAGAAUAUCUUCGUAGAUGGCAAAGGCUAUAAUGCUGUGUCUACGCCUAUUCUGAAGCCUCACCAAAACGCUUCAGCAUCUACUCACCAACCGUUAGCUGUGAUAUCAGAAAGAACAGUAGAAAGUACUCCUAUUCAUGACAAAAAGUUUCAACUUUCGACUAUUCAUCAGACAUACAAGCCACAGCCUCCCAGGUUGGAUGAAAACGGAAAGAUCGUCGAAGAAAAGGUGAAGAAUAAACUCGAAGAAAAUGUUGAUAUGAAGUUGCUGAUGCUCGACUUGUCUUCAAUGAUCACUGGUAUGAUCAACUCCUUAUCUGACUCGUACAAUCAUGAAUUUCAGCAAUACGAGGGAAAGAUAAAUGAGCUAGAAGAACAAUUGAAGAGUAAGCAGAACGCCAAUGACGAAUCUACUCAGUACUUUACCAAAAUGUUGAACCGAGUUGGAAUUGAACAAUUUAGCAAUGUAGAAGAAGGAAAGCAGAAGUUGACAGAUGCCAUCGAUUUGCACGAAGAAGAAAUUCGCACAAAGGAACAAUCGUUAAUUAGGGUUUUGGAAAGAAACCAGGCCUACCAACUAGCAACCCUUGUUGAAAAGCAAGAGAUUGACUUGAUGGUAAAUCAGGAUAAGGGCGAAUCUGUAGAAGACGAGCUUGAGCUCAUAGACCAGAACAAGAUCGACUACGCUGUAGAGCUUACCAAGAUGCAAAUCAAACGCAAUAAAUUGGUAAGCAAAUUGACUCAAGGAAUAAAGACGUUUGGCAUUGAUUCGAAAAUGUACAAAUACAGAAAAUUGAUUAGCUUAAGUUGUGGUUUGAAGGUGGAAGACAUUGACAGUUUGAUAGAUGGCAUUGAAGAAUCGUUGGUGGAGAAUAUGUCGUGAAGAUUCAUUCGUAUUUAGUUCGUUUGUACAUGUAUUAUUUAGCAUAGACACUUGGAAUGUCGCAGACAUUCUAGCAUCAAUACCAUUAUUGUACAUCU